CCAUCUAUCUAGCUGCAAUCAUCUCUCCGCUGUGGCUCUCACGGAUACACGCGCGAUCACCGGCGCCAUGAAAAUCCCGAAUCACGGACGUGGAUACUUGAAGCAGAGAACUGAGAUUUUGGAAUCUCACCCGGCUUGCCUGCCUGUUCGACACACCAGGAUAUCCUUGUGGCUAAUUAAUUACCCCUGGAAUUCAACAUGACAGCCCCCAAGACAAGCGAUGGAUACGCGUGGGAUAGACAAGCGGGUGUUCGCCCGGGGCUCGAGAGCGACGCCGUUGUGACGCCUCCGCGGUCUGUCAGGACUGCAACCAAGGUGUAUGAUGCCAUCGUCGUUGGUGCUGGCUAUGCCGGCCUCGCGGCGGCGCGCGACCUUGCCAAGCUGAACCACACCGUCUUGCUGCUCGAAGCCCGCGAUAGGAUCGGCGGUCGGACAUACACAGUCAAGAAAGAUGGGUUCCUGUAUGAGAUGGGAGGCACGUGGGUUACACACCACAUGGGCUACCUGUUCCGCGAGAUGACCCGCUACGGGAUGGAUCGCGAUCUCAUAACCACCGGAAGCCCCAACAUGGAACGAGGAUACUACACUAUCAACGUUGCAGGCACUGAGCCACGGAAGCUCUCGCACGAAGAGGCCGGAGCCAUGUCGGCCAAGGCAUGGGACCUUUUCGUCAACGUAGACGGCCAGCACGGCCGCACCCUCUGCCCGCUGCCGCACGCGCAGCUCGACAACGUCGUCGUCGACCGGGCGACGGUGGAGAAGUGGGACCAGGUGUCGUGCCACGAGCGGUUCCAGCAGAUCAAGCACAAGCUCACGGCCGAGGAGCAGGGACUGCUAGUGUCGCUGCUCCUGCACAUCUCGGGCGGUCACAUGGAGACCUCCAGCCUGUGGGACAUGAUCCGGUCGCACGCGCUGCUGAUGCACAGCUCGGACAACUUCGGCGACGUGUGGCUGCGCUACAAGCUGCGGGACGGCCAGACCGAGCUGGCCCGGCGCAUCUUCGCCGACGCCGUCGACUCCGGGCUGGAGUACGCCUUCUCGACGCAGGUCGCCUCCGUCGCCCAGGACCGACAGACCGACCAGCCGUCGACGGUGCGCACCGUGGCCGGCGAGGCGUUCAGGGCGCGCAAGGUUGUCUGCACGGUGCCGCUCAACGUGCUCAAGGACGUGGCCUUCGAGCCGGCGCUGUCGGCCCGCAGGCGGGAGGCCAUCACCAUCGGCCACAUCAACCAGAUGAGCAAGAUCCAUGCCGACGUCAGGAACCCGGAGCUGGAGCGGUGGAACGGCAUGCGGUUCCCCGGCCAGCUAAUGUACGGCUACGGCGACGGGGUGUUGCCCAACGGGGACGUCCACCUGGUCGCCUUCGGGGCCGACCAGCGCGGGAGUUUCGUGCCGGAGAAGGAGCCCUUGAAGGCGGUGGACGCCCUACAGAAGCUCCAUCCUAUGGAUGUCAAGAGUUUGACCUUCCACAACUGGUGCACCGAUCCUUUCUCGCAGGGUGGUCCUGCGUGGUGGCGGCCUGGUUAUAUGUCAAAGUAUCAAGACGAGCUCCAGAGCCGCCACGGCAACGUCUUCUUCGCCUCCGCGGACUGGGCACACGGAUGGAGGGCGUCGAUCGAUGGGGCGCUGGAACAAGGCGCACUUUCCGCCUUGGCUAUUGAUACCGAGUUGAAGGCCACCAAGAGGAAGGCUGCUCGGGGGAGGCUGUAAGUUGUGUGGAAAGGGACUCCGGUUUUAGACAUUGUAAUUAUAUGUAUGUACAUACAUACCUACCGUAGUCAAUCCAUCGUCUUGUCUCGAG